AUCCGCUUCAAGACUCGAUCCAUGCUACAAACGGAUCCGGUCCAGCCUAUUUCACCAUUCAAGUGCCACAACUGCAACAACAAUCAACUUUCUACUGAGACAGACAAACCCAACUUAAAGGGUUUUUUCGAUCAGUUUGAUCAAACCUUAAUUAUUUUGGAAGAUUAUUUGUUCUUUAUUCAAUACAUAUUUGAUACUUGCUCUGCUUUCCUUUUCCAGAUCAACGCUGAGUUUAUGCGAAUUACAACAGUUCCCUUGGAGACAAAGUUCUUGGCGCAGUUGGACAAGCACAUGUCCAAACUGCUGGAUGUCAUCAGGAGCAAGGGAGGACGUGUGCAAGAACAGACCAAGAGGACCUUGCAGGUUUUAGAUGAGACUGUGGACAUCACAAUAAGAAGAGAGUGCAUCCUUAAAUCUUUGAUGAUCUACCUGGGUGAACCUGUUCAUCACCUCAUCAAAGAAUACCAGGAAAAUGAAGCUGACGAACUGGAGCAGGCAACGAUGGCUAUCGUUGUCAGUGGACAAGAGGACAUUAAAAUAGUCAUCGAUGGAAUAGAGGUCCUGAAAGAGGUGCCCACAACUGCUGCGGCUGUUGCAAUGUUCUUCGGGCUCACCUACGCACUCAAACUAAAAUAUCCGAAAAAUUUGCAGCACACCCUUGAAUUUGUGCAAAAAGUCCUGAUGGAGCUUGGUGGAAAAAAUAUGUCCCCAAAAGUUCAUAGGCUGAGCACCCUGCUUUACAACCCAGAGUAGGCAGAGUUGAAUUCAACUCACUCGCCUGAUUUUGUUUUCCCAUUGCUGAGAACAAUUUAUAAUGUUUCUACAACCAAGACUUUGUACCCUUUUGAGGUUGGUGUUCGGAGUUUGCACUUGCAUGACAGCAUUUCCACUGCAAUAUUGACAAAAGUUUCUGCCCAAGUUAUCACAGGCACGAGUGGGCAGUGUGCUGAAAACUGGAGAGUGACUGCAUUUGCACUGCAGUGUUUGCACAGAUUUUUGAAUGUCAGAUUUUUUAGCCCAAGAGAGGGCCAGGAGCUACCUCACAUGUUUGCAUUGAAUUAAGGAGAUUCACACAAAUCAUCUGACAACACUUUAUUUUAAGGAAUAAUACCUGUAUUACGUUCCAUUUUGAAAUAGGACAAUUUUCUGAUUUUGUUUUUAGGAGCAUUUUCUGUUACUAUUAGUAACUUAUUUUAGUCAGUAUUUAAUUUACAUUUUCAAGCGAACAAACUGCAUGUAUGGUACAUUUGGUUCUCGCUGAACAGAAACAGACAUUUCUUGGUUGCUCUUUGUAUUUGAGAAGGACUGUUCUAAAGGACUAUGUUUAACUAUUUU